AUGGCGACCCCGAACGAGCGAAUUGUGCAAAGUGAGCUGGACGAACCGUCCCCAAGCCCCUCAAUCGAUUCAGCGACGGCGCUCGCCCAAAGCUACCGCAAUAACAAUCAAUGGGCACACCUCAUGCUCCCAGCAAUACGAUCGUACUGUGCGUCCGCACAAAUCCCUCAUCUGGGAAACCGAGACGAACUAGUCGCAGCACUCCAAGCACGAGGCGUACAGCCCAUCAACGUGCUCCAGAACACCCCACCGGGCCCCUCAGCCAACCCCUACGCCGCGGAACUUACGGCGAACAUCACGGAAACGCUACUCCGACGCCGCGCAGACUUCCCAAAACAAGCCCAAGGAGAAGACUUCGAAGUCUACCUCCGACGACUCGAGAUCGCCUUCAGUCACGACGGGACCUCCAACAACACGAAGAUUGACUGCCUGAUCGGGCACACAACACCCACAGUUGCGGCGGCCGCCCAACGACUGUAUGACGAAGGGUACCAUAACUACGACGACAUCGCCGAACGGCUCAAAAUACAGUUCGGGCUCUCGCCCUUCGAACAUUUCACGCGAUUCCUCGCCCUACGCCCACUCGACGACGAAUCAUGGGCACAAUUUGGCAAUCGCCUCCGAUGCGAAUACAUUCGCUACCUACCGCUCAGCGCCACAGACCUGCCCGGGCAAGAAAAAUCCAUCACAGCGGCCCUCAUCGGGCAACUGCUAGCGAUCACCACCGGAGGGCUCCACGCCCACCUCUACUCCAAGGCGACCGCCGACCGUACCCUAACAUGGGUCAACUGCCUCGCAUACGCGGACGAAUACCGCCGCAUGCACCCCAACACGCCGCGAGCAUCACCCGCUCCACAAACCCAACAGCAAAACAACCGCCGACCAAAAACUACGGCGUCCGGAGUGCAAAAACACUACUGUGACCAUCACCAACGGUACGUUCUACACACGACCGCAGAAUGCUCGCUCGGGCAAAACUCACGGCCCAACACGGCCACGGGUAACCAGUCACCACGAAACUUACAAUCGUGUAACUACCACCCAGGCCGCCUAGUCGCACACUCGACGGCGGAGUGCCGAAACAAUCCGGCCAACCAGGUCACACGGCGGCAAACUGCCCGAACCAGGGAAACGCCAAGAUCGGGCAGUGACGGCUGUCCUCUGCUCGAUCCCCCAAGCUACAGACGACAGCCUCACCAUAAUCAUCGGUAUCAAGAACAAACGCGUCACAGCGCUGAUCGAUACUGGAGCCACCAGGUCAUUCAUGGCGACCGACGUCGCAGCAGAAGUAGGGCUGACACCCCACCCGACGAAAGCGAAGAUCUCCGCAGCCGUCUUACACAUCUCCGCCGACAUCAGCCACUCGGUAAGUACCACAUUCUCUCUUGGAUCAUGGCGACCGACGUCGCAGCAGAAGUAGGGCUGACACCCCACCCGACGAAAGCGAAGAUCUCCGCAGCCGUCUUACACAUCUCCGCCGAAAUCAGCCACUCGGUAAGUACCACAUUCUCUCUUGGCUCAGCCGACUAUUCCGCGACCUUCUUCCUCCUCGCAAACGCGAGAUAUCCCAUAAUUCUCGGCCUCGACACACUGAAAAAUCUCCCGUUUUGUGUGACGCUCGACGGCCAACGAAUAUUCUCGGGCUUCCAAACCAUAAAACCCAUAAACGAAGUCCCACAAGCCGAUCCCGGCGAAGGUAUUACGUUCGUAAACGGCUCUCCCGCAGAACAAAACGCGAUCGCGAAUCUCCUGACCACAUACAAAGACAACAUCUUCCAAUGGUCAGGAAAACACGGCCUGUUCCCCCAACACGUCGCCUCCAUCCCAACAAACGGGCAAGACCCCGAGCCUCCGAGACGCAUAUGCCUGUCACCCGACAAAAUACCGGCUAUGACAGAAAUCCUAGCCAACUAUACCAAAGCUGGCAUCAUCGAACCGGCCCAAUCCACGCAUACGUUCGUACACCGACCGGGCAAAACCCUCACAGGGCCAGACGCACUAAGUCGCAUCCAACUGAACAGCAUCCAACUCCGCGAAGUACCCGACCCAGGGCAGCGCGCAGAGAUCAUGGACCAAUAUCAUGUGGAAAUGGGCCACACAAACUGGAAGAAAACCUUCGAUACGAUUCGCAGAAGAUUCACCUGGCCCGGCAUGCGCACNACUCAAAGAUUCACCUGGCCCGGCAUGCGCACCGACAUCUUCCAUCAUGUCCUGCAAUGCGCCAAAUGCUUCACGUUCAACUCGGCGACCGCCGCAGUCGGAACCAAACUCACACCCGUCCCACCCGCAGACAAACACGACCGCCUAGGCGUCGACUUCUGGGGACCCUUCCCUCCAUCCACAAAAGGGAACCGCUACGCCAUCGUCGCGAUCGACUACUACUCACGUAGAGUGGUCACCACACCCGUCAAACGAGCAACAGCGAACGCCCUAUGCAGCUUCUUAGCAGACGUAUUCGCCCAAAUGGGGACAUUCGAAAUUAUCCACUCGGAUGGAGCAGCGGUGUUCAACUCGGCACCGUACAAAAGAUUCAUUACCGCAAACCAGAUUGCUUCCCACAUCGCCCAGCCAUACCAUCCAGAAGGCAAUGGUGCUUGUGAAAGAGCGAUCAAAUCGCUGUCGGCAAUAAUAGCCAAAACAGCAUCAUCACCCACCACGUGGGACGACGUCUUACUCGACGCAGCGAUCGCAUAUAACCGAACGCCUCACACAGCCACCGGUCUACCUCCCAUCGAACUCUGGCACCAGAAGCCAAUCCCCACCCCCGCCGACAUCAAAUUUGAGAUACCCAGCAGGGACAUAUCCCAGGAACUCAAACUAGUCAAAGCGCACCAAAAACAAUACCGCAAACGGAUAUCGACGAAACCGACCGGCCUCAAUUUCGCCUCGACCCUGGGACGCUCGAAACUACGAGCACCGACGACGAAGCCCAGCCUGUGA